UUUGCCAGUGUAACGGACACGCCCGCAAGUGCCGCUUCAAUCUGGACCUCUACAAAAUGUCCGGCCGUGUGUCGGGCGGGGUAUGCAGCGACUGUCGGCACGAUACAACCGGGCGCCACUGCCACUACUGCCGCGAGGGCUUCUACAAGGACCCCACCAAGUCCAUAAGCCACAAGAAGACCUGCAAACCGUGCGAUUGCCACCCGAUCGGUUCGUCCGGGAAAAGCUGCAACCACACGUCGGGCCAGUGCACCUGCAAGGAGGGCGUGACGGGGCUAAACUGCAACCGGUGUGCCCGAGGCUAUCAGCAGAGCCGCUCGCAUAUCGCGCCGUGCAUCAAGAUACCGCGGGUCAUCAACAUCAAUCACCAGGCGCAAAACACGGCCCCGGAGUCCUACCACUACGAUCCGGACGCGAGCGAAAGCACCAAAGAAAAUUGCCCCAAGUGUAAAUUCGACACGAAGCGACUCAACUUGAAUAAAUUCUGCAAGCGUGACUAUGCAAUCAUGGCUAAGGUGACCGGGCGCACCACCCCCGGUGGCAAGCAUGGACCGCGCGAGGAGGUGCGCUUCAACCUGCAGGUCCAGUCGGUGUUCAAGUCGAACAGCAGCCCGCUGCUGGUGGCGAACCAGCGAAAGCAGAGCGUCGGGCUGCUGGUGCCCACGAAGAACAUCGACUGCCGCUGCCCGAACAUCAAGAUGAACAAGUCCUACCUGAUCCUUGGGAUGGACGCCAAGAGCGGCAACCCGGAGAACUUGCUGCUCGGCCCGAAAACGAUCAUCAUCGAGUGGAAGGACGAUUGGAACCGUCGGCUGCGGCGCUACCAGCAGCAGGUUGGCUCCUGCAACUAGGAGGGCUCCGCCGUGUCCGUCCGAGCUGUCGCCGGUGAGUGAUAGCGAGCGAACGAGUGCAGCAGUGCAGCCGAUUCAGGAGGCACCACCAGGGAGGCAGGCAGGCA